UUUCCCACUUGUCUUUUCUGGUGUAUUUAACACUUUGUUUGAUUCUCCUUACUGUAUUGAUAUCUUUUAUAGCAGUUAUAUCUUUCGUGCGAAUUCCAAUAAGCUCGCGCGCGGAACAACAUUCUCACGUUGCUGCUGAACGGCGCAGUAUUCUCAAGUCUCGCGAGAACACCGCGCCGACGAGACUUUGAGUAGCGAGGAGAAGUUUUGUUGCACAGAAGAGCGACCUGUCCGUGAGUGUCUGUUUGUCAACCGUCAGUCGGAGAUUUCUCACAUCCUGAUCCGUUUACGACUGUCUCAACGCUUAUAAUAGCGAUUUAAUAACUGGAUAACCCCGCAGAUAGAUAUGAGCUUUCUAUUUAGUCGCUCAUCGAAGACUUUCAAGCCGAAGAAGAACAUUCCGGAGGGCUCGCACCAGUAUGAGUUGCUGAAGCAUGCCGAGGCGACGCUGGGCAGCGGCAACCUGCGCAUGGCUGUCAUGCUCCCAGAUGGAGAAGACCUCAAUGAAUGGGUGGCAGUAAACACUGUGGACUUCUUUAAUCAGAUCAACAUGCUGUAUGGGACCAUCACUGAUUUCUGCACCGAAGAAAGCUGCCCACUAAUGUCUGCUGGGCCGAAGUAUGAAUACCAUUGGGCUGAUGGGACCAACAUUAAAAAGCCAAUCAAAUGCUCUGCUCCAAAGUACAUUGAUUACCUGAUGACCUGGGUUCAGGAUCAGCUUGAUGAUGAAACACUUUUCCCUUCAAAAAUAGGAGUCCCUUUCCCAAAGAACUUCAUGUCGGUGGCGAAGACGAUCCUGAAGCGGCUGUUCCGUGUCUACGCCCACAUCUACCACCAGCACUUUGACUCGGUCAUCCAACUGCAGGAGGAGGCUCAUCUCAACACCUCCUUCAAACACUUCAUCUUUUUCGUUCAGGAGUUCAACUUGAUUGACAGGAAAGAGCUAGCGCCUCUUCAGGAGCUGAUUGAGAAGCUGACCUCUAAAGACAGAUAGACUAAGUGAAUCGCUGUUUUAUCCCUCUCCCCUAAUUACUGUGCACAGCAGCCUGGUUUUGUUUUCUCUGUCGUUUUACAGGUUUGUGGGACUGGCUCCUGGAUUAGUCUUUUACAUGGUUUUAACUUAGGUGGCGAUUACUCCUUGUGUUUCUAAUGUCUGUGUGACCUCUUCUCUAAAAAGUUGAUCGUAUCUACGUAAGUGCCUGGCGUAUGUCCACCUGCAAAUGGUAACUGUUCUGUGAAAAAGCACCACCUGUCUCCAUAGCACGAACUUUCCCCCAAAUCCGCUUUUGGGGUUUUCUUUGUAACUUACUGAAUGAAGCAUGUAGACACUUUGGUAAGAUAUAAAGCCAGUAAAAUACACUUAAUUUCUGUUUAUAUUAUUACAGCUGGAGAUUUGUCAUGUUUUCUUUUUUUUUCUUCUUCUUCUUCUUCUUUUUUUUUUUUUUUUUUUAAAAAAAAAAAAAAAGUAUAAAACCAUCACCUGUCUCCAUAGUGCUAACUUUCAAAAUCAGGUUUUGGGUUUUUUCUUUCUACCUUAGCGAAUGAAGCAUGUCGACACUUUGGUAAGAGAUAAAGCGUCCCAAUUGGCAUACUUAUACUAUGUACACAAAGUAUGUACUCUUUUUGUGAAGAAAAAGUACAUACUUUUGAGUAUGCAUGUACUGGGACAUACUAACGCAUCGUGUAAUGGAAGAGAGCGUUGUUGCCCGGACGAGAGCACUGACAUCAUAAACAUCAUCAACCCCUGGUUGCAUUUCAGCUUUUCUUCCUUCAUUAUUCCUUAUCAUUUACACUAUAGAAUUAUAUUUAGCAUUCCUUUGAUUUAAAUUUCCACAUUUCAUUUACACCUCUUUAAAAUGCAUCCUUGAAUUCGGCAAAGCACAAGGAGCCGCGGGCAACUUUAGCCGAAAAUGUCUACUGGGAAUAGUAGACCCAUCUGAGUACCUUUUGGGAUACUCAUUUCAACAUUUGGAACACACUAAUUCUGAUCUCAGAUACCAUUUAGGAUGGAUAGUAUACCAGUUGGGACGCAGGGCUCAUUUCUCUUGAUAUUAUUACAGCUGGAGAUUUGUGGUGUUUCGGGUUUUGGGUUUUUUGUUUGUUUGUUUUUGUUUUUUUUGUGUAACUUGCAGAAUAAAGCAUGUAGACACUUUGGUAAGAGAUAAAGCCAGUAAAUACACCUCAUUUCUGUUGAUAUAAUUAUAGCUGGAGAUGUUUGUUUUGUUGCAACACCUGCCAACCCCCCCCCCCCCCCCCCCCCUUUUUUUUUUUGAGUAAGAUACAUUAUUUCUCCUGGUCACAAAAUAGCUCUCAAUCUUUUGCACUGAGUCCGCAGUCACCUGACAUGACUUUUGUACCAAUAGAGUAAUUCAGUAGUUAAAUGAAUAGUAAUAUUGAUUGUACCUAUAGGUUCUUAUUAAGGUGGGUCUUUCAUUUUAUGAUGGGAAGGGAAUAGGGUAAUGAUUACUAUGCAAUGUCCAUGUUUCUUUCUUUCAGAUUUUCUUCUUUCCAUAGGCAAGGCUUGUAAACCACAGAGCUAGUGCCAAUAUCUAACCCACUACAGUGAAAGUAAAAAUUAAUCAGCUGAAAACCAGAGAAAAAUCUGUCUUUUUUUUUUUUUUUUUUUUUUAAUUAUUAUUAUUCAUGUGUUUAUUUUCUCCUACUUUUCCCCCCUCACUUUAUUCCUGCAAGUUUGUCAGGUUCUUUGUCUAGAUCUAAAUAAAUGUAAAACAGAGCAAAACAUGGAGUAAGUUUAUAAAUGGAGUGAAAUAAUCCUAGUGUUAUAAUCGUACACAUAAAUGACAGGGCUGUGGUAUCUAAUGUGUAAUCCUAGGAAUACUCUAAUAUUGAUCUAAUAUUGGUUGCCGUUUUGUUGUUUGCACUUUGAAUUAUUAGCAUAACGAGAGGUUUUAUUCCACUACAGUUGCAUCUUCCGAAAUUGGUUAUUGUUGAGACAUGCUGCAAACGUUGCAAAAUUUAUUGACUGUCAUUCCCUUACUGCUAGAUAAUAAAACAUUGCUUGUUUUUAAGUCUGAUUCACCUGAUGAAUAUUAACAGGAUGUUGUAAUAGAUAUAAUUGCUUGGCCUUUUCUCAAGACCAUUUUUCAGAAUAACAUUAGCAUUUCCUUUCAGCCAUGAUAGAAUACACUGUAUUGUUAUUUCUGAGAAACUUGUAAAUAAUGUACACACACACAAGGUAUGCAGUGGAAAUGAGAGAAAAAUGUGUAACUCGCAAGACUUUUGUGGUACAAUAUUGAAUGCUGUUUAUAGUGUAAUAAAAUGUUUGAGCAAGA